CAAGGAUUUAAACAUGGGCGACUGGUCACUGAAAUGUGUUUUCUACGCUGCUGCUGUUAGUUUUGUGGCCCUGUUUUUAGACAUAAGGACAGAUGCGACUUUGGAAGGUUCCUCCAUGGGUUACUUAAGUCUGCCUUACAGUCAGGAGCAGCCUUCAACAGUUUCUGGGUUAACACCUCAGAUGUAUCCAUCCAUCGUUCAGGUAUCGGACAUCAAGGUGUCUCGUGAGGGCCACAGAGCUGUCUCUCGCAGGAGGCGAAGCGUCUUCUUCCCGAGUGGAGUCAAACUGUGUUCGCAGGAGACCGUCCAGCAAGUCAUUUUAAACCACCUGAGCUAUUUUCACCUCAGAGUGUGCCAGGAGACGAUAUGGGAGGCUUUCAAGAUCUUCUGGGACCGCCUGCCGGAACAGGAGGAGUACCAAAGCUGGAUGAGCCAAUGCCAGGACGGCGCAGUAACGGCAACAGAUGUUGGCGUCUAUUUCAGCCAAUCACAGGAGCACCGGGCCCUGGUCGUCAGCAGAAUGUCACUGCAAGAGUUGAAAAGUGAGCCUACCAGGUCCUGGCAGCAUAUGUGCAGCACUCCAACACCAGAUCCAGCAGAGGAAGAGAAGACUCCUUAUGAAGACGAAGCCAACCUUCCAGGGGCCACAGCUGAUGGUGGGGGGACAGCAGAGGAGGAUGAGGAGGCUGAAGAUGUUGUCCCAGAGGUGGAGGAGAUCACUGCAGUCACUGAAGCAAGCCCACUGGACAACGACAUUGCUAUGGUGCCUCCGACUCCUCCUGUCCUGGAGCAGGAGGUGGAGAUGAGCAUCCUGCUGACUGGAGAGACAUACAGCGAGGGGCUCAAAGAUCCAACCAGUCUCCAAUACCAAGCUCUCAGCAGACGCUUCACGGAGAAGAUUGAGGAUGCUCUGGAGGGACUGCCCGGCUUCAAGAGCAUCUCAGUGUUGAACUUCAGGCUGGAUGGCGUGGUGGUGGAUUAUACCGUCACACUGCUGGUGGAUGGUGCAGGCGUAAGCACUGAACAGCUGGACUACCUGACCCUGCAGUCCAACCGGGUGGAGAACUCGUACCAUGAGGUGGAGGAGCACGGCACGGUAGUCUACUCGGUCAGCCAAAUCCGAAACUACGCCACCGAAGCCCUGCAGAGAGAGGAUGUGGAGAGCGUGUUCGAGCCCCCUGAGUCGGUCCAACCCAUCGAUGAAUCCACGGUCAGUAUACUGGUUGAGACACAAGAGGUUCCCGAUCCGGUAGCGGGCACCGAUGACAUGGACGAGGACGCGUUCGUGUCUGGACCUCCGGCCGACGAGGGAGCAACGGAGGAGGCGACUGACAUCAUUGUUCUAGAAGAGAGCGCAACUGAAUCUCCUGCUCCUCCACUGACCACCAUUACACCCAAGGCUGACAGCAUUGAGGCAGAAGGCUUGUUGUUGGAGGAUGCUGUGCCAAGCAUCAUCACGGAGAUCCCCCAACUGGAGAACCUCCCAGCCGAGCCAACGGCCCCCGAACAGUCAGACAUUGUGGUGCUACCUGAGCCUCCGGUGGAAACCGAGGCCUCUGGGUCUGGUACAGAGGAGCAGGAAGACCUGAUCUGGCCCUCAACCAAGACAGCAGAGGAUGAAACUGCUCAAGAGGAGACCGCUGCAGAGGAGGGGAUGACUGUAGAUGAAACAAUCGUGGAGGCUGAGGUCAUCUCUGAAGUGGACACUGUAGAAGUUGAGGAUGUAGCCCCUGGUGCUGCAGAGGAAGUGACUCUAGGUGGUGCAGAAGAGAUGGAGGAGAAAGAGGAGGAGGAGGUUACUCUUGCGAUUCCACUGGAGCUGGAGAUGCCUACCAUGACCACAGUGACCGCUGAAGAGGAGGAACUGCAGGCCUACGUUCCAGUCCCGGAAAUCCUCCAGGAGACCUCACCUUCAGAAGAAGCGAGUGAAGCCUCAGAACCAGGACAAGGAGAAGUUGAUCUCCUCCCUGCCAUUGACACCUCAGAUGAAGGUACAGCAGAAGACGUCAACAUCCUAGAGGUUCCACAUGAUGUCGGGGAGGACACAUCAGAACAGCCUGAAGAUGACACAGCAGUUGAAAUAGUGCCGCCUCAUCCCAGUCCAUCUGACAAUGAGGAGGUGGAAGAGGAGGAGCUUAUAUCUGAGGGGGGAGGUGCAGAGGAAGAGGAGGUGGAAGAGGCACUGGAAGAGAUUUUACCUGUCGCUCCAGUGGAAGACCCAGAAGUCCCGGAAGCUCCGGCAAUCUCACUGGAGGACCUUACAGAGGAUGAGAUCUUAUUGGUCAGCAAGGAUGUACCAGAGAUACCAAUCACAGAUCUCCCAAGCUCUGUCCAACCAACUGCCCUGUCUCCAGAAAGGGAGUCGCCUUUCACCCGUGUCUCUGACAUUGGUCCAGCCACUGGGGAACAACCAGACAUGGUGUCCAUCACUCUGGAGGUCGUGACCACUGACGAGGAUAUUGGUUAUGAUGUGGUUCAGUAUGAUUUUGGGUUGAACAACCAAACGGAGGAAGGCAGCAGUGGAUUCCCGGCUGUUGUGGCACAUGGCACAGACGAGGGUGGUGUCGCUAUGCCCGCUGCCCCAACACGAGCUCUGAUAGUGUUCUUCAGUCUGAGGGUGACCAAUAUGAUCUUCUCAGAGGAUCUCUUCAAUAAGAGCUCCCCGGAGUAUAAGGCCUUGGAGCAACGCUUCCUUGAACUGCUUGUGCCCUACCUGCAGUCCAAUCUGAGCAACUUCCAGAAUCUGGAGAUCCUUAACUUCAGGAAUGGGAGCAUUGUGGUCAACAGCCGGAUGAGGUUUGGCAAGCCGGUACCUCGCGGCGUCACCUCUGCCGUCUAUCUGAUUCUGGAGGACUUCUGUAACACGGCCUACCAGACCAUGAACCUCGCCAUCGACAAGUACUCGCUGGAUGUCGAGUCAGGUGACCAGGCGGACCCGUGUAAGUUCCAGGCGUGCAACGAAUAUGCGGAGUGUAACGUGAACCGGUGGUCAGGCGAGGCGGAGUGUGUUUGUAACCCCGGCUACUUCAGCGUGGACGGUCUGCCAUGUCAGAGUAUCUGUGAUCUGCAGACUGACUUCUGUCUGAAUGAUGGCAAGUGCGACAUCAUUCCUGGUCAGGGAGCCAUCUGCAGGUGCCGCGUCGGGGAGAACUGGUGGUAUCGAGGAGAACACUGUGAGGAGUACGUAUCGGAGCCCCUGGUGGUCGGCAUCGCCAUCGCCUCUGUAGCUGGCUUCUUAUUGGUCGCCUCUGGAGUGAUCUUCUUCCUUGCAAGGACGUUGCGGGAUCAAUAUGACAAGGAUGAAUCAGAGGACCCCAUACGGCGGGCCGAGAGUGUCCCGUCCCUGGAGCGGGCGACCAAGUACAACCCCAUGUACGAGAGCGAGGCCACCACGGGCUACAGCCACUACUACCGCCGCUACCCCGAGGCUCCAGUCUACAGCAGCGCCAGUGCCGAGGCCUCUACCGACUUCAGCAGCGAGGAGAUACGGCACAUCUAUGAAAACAGUGAACUGACCAAGGAGGAAAUCCAGGACAGGAUACGCAUCAUCGAGCUGUACGCUAAGGACCGUCAGUUUGCCGACUUUGUGCGGCAACAUCAAGCUAAUUUGGAUACACGCAGAGAGAGCUCUUCCACGCAGACAUGAAAGUCUGUUCAUCGUAUCCUAAACAUGCCUUCAUGUUACCAAAGUCCAGUUUUCUAUCAAGACUUUGCGUUUGGCUCCUCCCUGCACACAGCACGGACUGCACCGCUGCAGAUGGACUGUCAUUUAUCCAGCCUCACCGGAUUAGACGGCGAUGGAGUCCCUGCAUUUUUUUUUAAAACUCUUCCAAAAAAGGAGAGUGAAUAGUCUGCUUCCAUUUAGUUUUUCAUAUAGACACUAGGGGGGAAAAACAAAAACAAAAAAGAAGACGCAGAAUUUGAAUCUGUAUCUGAGCGGGGGACCAAAGCGGCCUCUGGUCCAGAUUCAGGGGUCUAUUUGUCUCAUUGUGUUUGGUUCUGUCUGUCGCUCGCCAUUGAGAGCUGGUCUCGACUCUUCCUCCUCCUUCCUCGGUGCCUUUUCUCAGUUAGCUGAGCUUUACUGGAAAAUGAGUGUAAAGUUAAGAGACAAACUGACUGCUCAUCUACUGGACAUCUCCGUUUGGGAGUAAAAGUCCAGGAUCCUUCCUAUUUAUUACUUGAAAUGCUGGCAGAUGACUCAAAAUGGUGUCUAGUUUUGUUUGCUAGAUGGUAUAAUACUGCACAACCUGUCACAUCAGUUUAUAACUGUUCAUUGUUAAAAGGGAAAACUGUAGCGCUGUGAAUAUGUAAAUAGGUGUAUAUGUUGGUACAGUGUGUGUUCUAGCUAAGAGGUGAUUUUUGAUUUUCAUCCCUGUCCUUUGUUGUGUUUCUCUCCGCUCACGUGAUCGGACUGUGCUCAGGCCUCCACCGCAAGACGUUUCUUGGUUCCCAAAAGUAAAAUCCCGUUCACUGUUCCUCAGACAAUGUCAUGUGACUGGCCGCUCGAGCAUUUCUAACAGUUUAAUGGUCAUGAAACUCUCCCGGUUGAAUCACGGGUAUAAACCACUGGCAACUGUGUUGAAAAAUUCUGGUUCCUUGUGGAAAAAAAAAAGUUAAGGUACAAAAACGGUACGAAACUAUGAGUCCCAGUGUGCAUUGCACUUGAGAAACAUCCAAUCACAGAGCUUGAAAUUCUGUCGGCCAUGCUGGUCAAGUUUGUAGCUAGCUAAACAUAUGCGGGUAAGAUACUUCAGCAGGAUAGGCUCCAGCAUCCCCGCGACCGUGAGAGCAGGAUAAGCGGUUCGGAUAAUGGAUAAUGGAUGGAUGGAUGUAAUCAAUUCAGCAAGAAGAACUAUGGUGUAUUGCUUUGUUCUUGACCGUUGUCACCGGUUCCAAAUUCUGCAAAGGAGCGGUGGAUUCUCCAUAGUAACAGUUGUUGAGGCUCAUGGGUAAUGUAGUUCCCCCCCCUUUUCUCCCCAACUGUACCCGUCCAAUUGCCCCACUCUUCCGAGCCAUUCCUGUCGCUGCUCCACCCCCUCUGCCGACCCAGGGAGGGCUGCAGGCUACCACAUGCCUCCUCCGAUACAUGUGGAGUCGCCAGCUGCUUCUUUUCACCUGACAGUGAGGAGUUUCACCAGGGGAGCAUAGCGCGUGGGAGGAUCACACUAUUCCCCCCAGAUCCCCCUCCCCCCUGAACAGGCGCCCCGGCCAACCAUAGGAGGCACUAGUGCAGCGACCAGGACACAUAUCCACAUCCAGCUUCCCACCCGCAGACACGGCCAAUUGUGUCCGUAGGGACACCCGACCAAGCCAGAGG